UAAAGGUAUUCGUCUUAUUUUUUUUUUUUUGAUUGGCCAAUCGAAGAUGAUUUCUAGAUUUCACCUCCAUUGAUUUGAUUUUGAUGUUUUCCAUUUUUGGGUUUUCUCAGAAACACUGAAAAUGGCUUCUCUUCAUCUCCUUCGACCUCUACACAGCCUCUCUUCUUCAAAGCUCUUCUUUUCUCAGCCAAGUUUUCAUUUUUCUUCAUCCCUUAAACCUAAUUACUUGAAAAGGCACAAUCUUUCGAAAUCAUUGACUCUCCGAUUUGCUCUCACGGAAUCAGAUUCUAUUGAUCAGCCUCUAGAAACAAGUUCUAAAUCCCUUCUUCUACAACUCUCUAAGUGUUUUGAUCUUCCAUCAGAUUACUUCCAGCAGUUACCAAAUGACCUUCGUCUCGAUUUAAAUGAUGCUGCUUUUGAUCUCUCCAAUGGACCCAUCAUCGAUGAGUGUGGUCAAGAGCUUGGGGAGACAUUAAUGAAUCUGUCCCGUGCUUGGGAACAAGCUGACACAUCAACUUCUCGUAGUUUAGUGGAGAAACUUCCCGAACUGGAAAUUUCAUUAACAGAUGGUGCCAAAUCAGCCUUUGGGAGACGUCUGAUAUCUGCAGGAAAAAGGUUCCAGGGGAUGGGACAAUAUGGUCAAGGUGAAUUACAGAAGAUUGCUAAAGCGAUGAUUUCAACUGGAAAAGUCCUAUCUGCAAAUACAUCAUCAGUUCCAGUCAAUAAUGAAACCAACUCAGGAACAAAGAUAUUAAAGUUUGGGGACCUUCAGGUUGCUGUGACUCCACAGAAAGCAUACACUGGAGCUGCCAUUGCAUUCAUCUAUGGGAUACUUUCAUGGCAAAUCAGUCAGGGGAUCCAAAACACACCAGAGAACUCAUUGCAGUAUGCAAAUGACAAUGCAUUGGUUAUCGGAAAUUCUUUGAGAGGGUCUCUUCUAGCUCUGUUUUAUGCCUCAACAGUCUUGUCAGGCUUCACAACAGCUGGGCUUAUCCUACUGGCUAAGCAGCUUUCAUCAGAGAAAGAGUGAACCCCUUGAUGAUUACACGCUUCCAUUUCGGACAGCUGAUACAAAACCUUUGUAAGAAUCAUAAUCUCUCCGAGGUGGUCUCUAAUACACUCAUGUUCAGGGUUAAAUAUUGUAUCUACUAUCGGAAACUUUUCUAAUCCUUUUAUCUCCAAGGUGGUCUCCAAUACUCUCCUUUUUAUGUAUCUAAUACACCUGGGUUGAGUGUAUAUUGCUUGUAGAGAAAACAAAGAAAUAUUUUGUUUUUGUAACUGAAUAAUGGAAGUUUGUGUACAGUGCCACAACCAA